AUGGGUAUUUUAAGUUUAUUAGAUGAAGAAUGUUGGUUUCCAAAAGCAACUGAUCGAACAUAUGUUGAUAAAUUAAUAAAUGCACAUGCUCAACAUCCAAAAUUUGGAAAACCAAAUUAUAAAGCACCAGCUGAUUUUAGUAUAAUUCAUUAUGCUGGUAAAGUUGAAUAUUCAGCUGAACAAUGGUUAAUGAAAAAUAUGGAUCCAUUAAAUGAUAAUGUUGUUGCACUUUUACAAACAGCAAAUGAUCCAUUUACACGUGAAAUAUGGAAAGAUGCCGAAAUUGUUGGUUUAUCAGCAGCAGAUCCAAAUGAUGCAACAUCAAGUUUAAAAGCUAAUAUUAAAAAAGGAAUGUUUAGAACUGUUGGGCAACUUUAUAAAGAACAAUUAACAAAAUUAAUGGGUACAUUAAAAAAUACAAAUCCAAAUUUUGUUCGAUGUAUUUUACCAAAUCAUCAUAAAAAGGCUGGUGUUAUUCAUUCACCACUUGUACUUGAACAAUUACGAUGUAACGGUGUACUUGAAGGAAUUCGUAUUUGUCGAAAUGGUUUUCCUAAUAGAAUUUUAUUUCAAGAAUUUCGUCAACGAAAAAAAAUCCUGUUUUCAGGAGUGAUGAUAAUGGGUUAUCGAAANACAGAUUAUUUAUUAGAAGAUUUUAGUCGUUAUCGUUAUUUAACACAUGGUAAUGUAACAAUACCAGGUGUUGAUGAUGGUGAAGAAUUUCAAAAUACAGUUAAAGCUAUGCAAAUAAUGAAUAUGUCAAAUGAUGAUUUAAAUUCAAUAUUUCGUACGAUGUCAGCAGUUUUACAAAUGGGUAAUAUGCAAUUUAAACAAGAAUGUAAUAGUGAUCAAGCAACAUUACCUGAUGAUACAGUUGCACAAAAAGUUUGUCAUCUAUUGGGAAUACCAGUUAAAGAUUUUGUAGGAUCAAUUUUAAAACCAAAACUUAAGGUUGGAAGAGAUUUUGUUACAAAAGCACAAACACAAGCACAAGUUGAUUAUGCUGUUGACGCAAUAUCAAAAGCCAUUUAUGAACGUAUGUUUAAAUUGGUAGUAACACGUAUAAAUAAAUCUCUUGAUCGAACAAAACGGCAAGGCUCAUCAUUUAUUGGCAUACUUGAUGUAGCUGGUUUUGAAAUUUUUCAAUUAAAUUCAUUUGAACAAUUAUGUAUAAAUUAUACAAAUGAAAAAUUACAAGAAUUAUUUAAUCAUACAAUGUUUGUCCUUGAACAAGAAGAAUAUCGUCGAGAAAAUAUUGAUUGGGAAUAUAUAGAUUUUGGUUUGGAUCUUCAACCAACAAUUGAUUUAAUUGAAAAACCAAUGGGUAUAUUAAGUUUAUUAGAUGAAGAAUGUCUGUUUCCAAAAGCAACUGAUCGUACAUAUGUUGAUAAAUUAAUAAAUGCAUGGGCUCAACAUCCAAAUUUUGGUAAACCAAAUUACAAAGCACCAGCUGAUUUUAGUAUAAUUCAUUAUGCUGGUAAAGUUGAAUAUUCAAUUGAUCAAUGGUUAAUGAAAAAUAUGGAUUCAUUAAAUGGUAGUGUUGUUGCACUUUUACAAACAGCAAAAGAUCCAUUUACAUCGGAAAUUAUUGGUCUAUCAGCAGCUGAUCCAAAUAAUGCAACAUCAAAUUUAAAACCUUAUAAUAAAAAAGGAAUGUUUAGAACUAUUGGUAAACUUUAUAAAGAACAAUUAACUAAAUUAAUGGGUACAUUAAAAAAUACAAAUCCAAAUUUUGUCCGUUGUAUUUUACCAAAUCAACAAAAGAAGGCUGGUGUUAUUCAUUCACCAUUAGUACUUGCACAGUUAAGAUGUAAUGGUGUACUUGAAGGAAUUCGUAUCUGUCGAAAUGGUUUUCCAAAUCGAAUUUUAUUUCAAGAAUUUCGUCAACGUUAUGAACUUCUUUGUCCAAAUGUUAUUCCAAAAGGUUUUAUGAAUGGUAAAGCUGCAUCACAAAAAAUGAUUAAAAUAUUUGAACUAGAUGAUAAUCUUUAUCGAAUUGGUCUUACAAAAAUUUUCUUUCGUUCAGGUGUACUUGGUCAUUUAGAAGAAGAACGUGAUUUAAAAUUAACUGAUAUUAUUACACAACUUCAAGCAUUAUGUCGGGGUGUUCUUGCUCGAAAAAAUUAUCAACAGCGUAUUCAACAAUUAAAUGCUACUCAUGUCAUACAAUUAAAAAACUUGCCUGAAUCACUCGAUUGGCGCGAAAAAGGUGUGAUUACACCUGUGAUUGACCAAGGCGAAAUGGGAGUGAUACAGGGACCCCUUGUAGCUACCGAAGUAGUAGAAAGUCUUUAUGCCAUUUAUACCAACAAUCUCACAGAAGGUAGCAUUCGAAGAAUAUAUGACUGUUGUCUACAAACAGAACCUGAUAUUUUUGAAUGUAUUCAGAAGUUAGGUGGUAUUUGCCGAAAACCUGAUUAUCCGGAAAUUGCCGAUAAAUGCGAACCGAACGCAUGCAACCCUUUUACUACGUUUGAUGAAAUCAAGAAACUCAAAGAAAAAGACGAAAAUACGAUGUUGACUUGGAUUCAAGACUCUACUCUAUGGGUGGUAAUGAACGCCUUUGGCGAGGGCUUCGGAGAUUAUAAGGAGGGUAUUUAUGAUGAACAGACAUGUCCAAAAACAGAUGGAAAUCAUGCGAUGCAAGUUGUUGGUUAUGGUAUCGAAGGUGGUAAACCUUACUGGCUAUGCAAAAAUAGCUGGGGUGAGCAUUGA